AUGCACAACCCAGCCUCGUCCCUUCCCAGAAUGUGUAUUGCUCCAGCUCCUCACAUCUAUCUCCUCUUGGCUUCCUUUUCUGGCCAGCCAUAUCCCCGCCUCACCAGAGCGUCUCACGAGUUUACUCGUGUCCCUGGUUGGGCUGUAGCGUCGGCGGCAGCACCGGCGUCAGAAGCGGCGAUGGCGUGUGCUGCAGCCAUGCAGCCUUCCACUGAGGCGCUCUCUUAUCGGAUCGGAGGCAUGCUGGGUAUCCUCGUUAGUAGCAUCAUCGGAUUCGCCCUGCCAUUCCUGCUGCGCGGGCGCCACAAGACGCUGCUCUUCUUCUUCCGCGCCAUGGCUGCCGGCAUCGUGCUCGCCGUGGCCAUCGUGCACAUCUUCCCAGGCGCACAGGAGGCGCUGUCAAACCCAUGCCUGGACAUCUCCUCCUCCCCCUUCCCCUGGGCGCCGGUCUUCAUCCUCUUCUCAGCACUCUUCUCCUUCCUCGUCGAGUGCUACUUAAAGAAGCUCCUCCUCCUCUCCUGGCGCCGCAAACACCCCUCUGCUGCUGCUACAUCUGCCGCUGAUUCUGUUGGUUCUGCUGGUGGGAGCAGCAACAGGAGUGGCGGCAAGAAGCGGAGGCUGGGUGCGGGUGGUGUGGGGCGAGUGGCACGAGUUGUUGCUGCGCUGCUGGCUGGCGGGAGGAGGAAGAAGGGAGCGGGAAUUAGCAAAGGCGGCAAUGGCGGUGGCAGCGGCAGUGGCCGGGGAAGCAGCAAGAGGGAUGGGAGGUUGAGGGAAGAUGGGAAGCAGCAGAGGGCAUGGCAAACGGAUGGGGGCAGCCCCCCUGAUGUGGCAUGCCAUGCAUCCCCCCCGUGCUGUGAUGCCCCAUGCAGUGCUGCUGCUGCUGCUUGUCAUGACACGGCAUGCCAUGAUGCCACAUGCCAUGACAUCCCAUGCCACGAAGUUGUGUGCCAUGAUGCCACAUGUCACGAUGCCAUGUGUCCGGACGUGACUUGCCCUGAAGCAAUCUGCCACGACUGCCCGGAAUCCACCUGUCACAGCACCGCAUGCCACGAGAUCACAUGCCAUGACGCCACCUGUCAUGAAACCACCUGCCAAGGUAGCACCUGCCCAGACACAACCUGUCCAGAUAACACCUGCCACGGAGUCACCUGUCUGGAGACCACCUGCCCCUCUGCUGCCUGUGGUCAAUCCCAGUGUGCUGGCUCUAAGUGUGUUGACUCCACUUGCACAGACGCUAAGUGCAUUGACGCCAAGUGCUUAGCUAAGUGCUGUGAGACCAAGUGCCCCGCCUGCCCCGACUGCGCGCUGGACGUGAGACCAGGGGAGGAGGAAAAGGAAGCAAUGAAAACCGGGAAAGCAGAGUGGGAGGAGCAAGAGGGGCGGGAGGAGAGCGAGGAGAGCCAGAUGCGGGAAGCGGUGGCGCUGUCGUCGCUGCGAGCGGUGGCGUACACGCUAGAGAUGGGUAUCAUCUUCCACUCCAUCUUCAUUGGGAUUGCGCUCGGGGCGAACCAUGACAGCGCAGAGAUCAAAGGGCUCGCGAUUGCCCUCGUCUUCCACCAGGGCUUCGAAGGCAUAAGUCUAGGUACUGCCGUUGCCCCGUGCCGCUUCUCGCUACUCAAGACCCUCUGCAUGGGGCUGCUGUUUGCAUUCACCACGCCUCUGGGCGUGGCUAUAGGGUUGGCUGUCCACUCGUCCUAUAACUCCAACAGCCAGGCUGCUCUGGCGACUGAGGGCGCGUUUAAUGCCAAUCGGGAUCAGGAGGACGACCCGGAGGAGGAAGGGGAGGAGGGGAGCAGUGAGGAGGAGUCGGAAGAGGAGGGGGAGGAGGAGAAGCACAAGGGCGUGGCAGGGCUGAUCGCUGUGGAGAACCCCAAUGCGCCCAGAAAGUCCGCGGUCAAGAUUUCCCAGGCAGAUACCAACGCCACCACGCAACUCUCUCGCCGUGAAAGGGAGGAGAUAGAGAAAGAGAGGGGAAAGGAGCGAUACAUGAAGCUGCAGGAGCAGGGCAAGACAGAGCAGUCUAAGAAAGACCUUGAGCGCUUGGCUCUUAUUCGCCAGCAGCGGGAAGAGGCGGCUAAGAAGAAAGAGGAGGAGCGAUUGGCAAAGGAGGCAAAAAAACUAGAAGCUCGCAAAAGAUGA